AUGGUCAAGGGCAAACAACCGUCUGGCGAGCGCGCGCCGGACCAGGGCGGCUUGAACGCGUUCCUUGGGAAACCCGAUUCGCGUCCUCAUCAGAAGACGCUCAACUUCUUCAGCAAGGAGCAGCGCGACAGGCAAACUGCGCCGUCUCCCGCUGUCGAGCCCAAGGCCGAGCAGAAGGACGUCGAGAUGGCCCCAGGGAUAGUUGCAGACGCUGCGGGAGAGAAGAGAGAGAAAAAGCGCGCGGCUUCGGAGACGGACGAGGCGGAGGGAGAAGCGGACAAGGACGACAAGGCGAGUCCGAGCAAGAAGGCAAAGACGAGCAACGGCGAUGCCGCCGCUGAGAAAGGCGUUUCGCCGUCCAAGGACAAGGACGCAGCUUCUCCCGUCGCCUCGUCUUCCUCUGCUGCCAAAGCUUCGACUUCUGCUUCUCCUUCCACGUCGAAAGCCAAGGCUGCCGACUCUGACAAGCCGCCCGUCUCCUCCUUCUUCGCUCCCCGCUCGACUACUGCACCGAAGAAGACCUCUGCGGACGACAAGGGCAAGGCCAAGGCCAAGGUGCAGGACGACGAUGAGGAGAGGGAGGCGAGGGACGCGAGCGAGGCGCCGAGUGGCGAAGGCGAAGUGAGCGAGGAGGAAGAAGAGGACGAGGAAGACGAGAAGGCGGCUGUCAAGUUUGCCGACAUCUUCACCAAGUCGAGCAAGCCGGACAAGGCGCAGACAAGCUGGAAGAGCGGCGAACCCGUCCCAUACGCCGCCCUCACCGCCACCUUCUCCAAAAUCGAGGCAACGACGAAGCGUCUCGAGAUCUCCGCCUACCUGACACGCUUCCUCAUCGAUGUCAUCGAGAAGACGCCCGAAGACCUGCUCAAGACGGUCUACCUGUGCAUCAACAGGCUCGCACCCGAAUAUGAGUCCAUCGAGCUCGGUAUCGGCGAGUCGCUGCUCAUGAAGGCAAUUGGCGAGUCCUGCGGUCGCACGCUCGCGCAGGUCAAGGCCGAGUACAAGAAGAUCGGAGACUUGGGCGAGGUCGCGUUCAACUCGAGGACGAGGCAGAAAACGCUGUUCAAGAGCAAGCCGUUGACGGUCAAGGGCGUGUUUGACGAGCUGAAGAAGGUGGCCAAGACAAGUGGGAAAGACUCGCAAGGCAGGAAGGUCGGCCUCAUCAAGUCGCUGCUCGCCAAGUGCGAAGGCGAGGAGACCAAGUUCCUCAUCCGCUCGCUCGAGGGCAAGCUUCGCAUCGGUCUCGCCGAGAAGACGGUCCUCGUCUCGCUCGCGCACGCCGCCGUUACUGCCGAGCACAACAAGUCGGGCAAGAAGUGGAGUCGCGAGCGCCUCUCUGCGCAGCUCGAGGAGGGUGCCGAGAUCCUUAAGAGCGUCUUUUCCGAGAUCCCCAGCUACGACCUUGUGGUCCCGGCGCUUCUCGACAAGGGUAUGAGCCACCUUCAGGAAGCUUGCUCGCUUACUCCUGGCAUCCCCCUCAAGCCUAUGCUCGCCAAGCCAACGAAGGCUAUCACCGAAGUCCUCGACCGCUUCGAAGGCAAGCAGUUCACGUGCGAGUACAAGUACGAUGGCGAGCGGGCGCAGAUCCAUUACCUCGAGGACGGCAGCGUCAAGGUCUUCUCGCGCAACUCGGAGGACAUGACGGUCAAGUUCCCUGAGUUUGUCACGCAGCUGCCGAAGUGCAUCAAGCCGAACACCAAGUCGUUCGUCAUCGAUGCCGAGGCUGUCGCGUGGGACACGGAGGAGAAGCGCCUGCUCGAGUUCCAGAAGCUCAGCACAAGGAAGCGCAAGGACGUCAAGGCGGAGGAUAUCAAGGUGAAGGUCCACCUCUUCGCGUUCGACCUCCUCUACCUCAACGGCGAGUCUCUGCUCGAGAAGAACCUUCGCGAGCGCCGCCAACUUCUGCGCGACCACCUCCAGCCAGUCGAGGGCGAGUUCGCCUUCGCCCAGUCGGACGACGCCUCGACAGUCGAAGAGAUCCAGACGUUCCUCGAUCAGUCGAUCAAGGACGGGUGCGAGGGCUUGAUGGUGAAGAUGCUCGAGGGCGAGGGUGCGAGUUACGAGCCGAGCAGGCGGAGUAUCCACUGGCUCAAGCUCAAGAAGGACUACCUCCAAGGCGUCGGCGACUCCUUCGACCUCGUCGUCAUCGGCGGCGACUACGGCAAGGGCAAGCGCACGAACGUCUACGGCGCCUUCCACCUCGCCUGUUUCGACGCCGAGAGCGGCACGUACCAGAUGAUCUGCAAGAUCGGGACGGGCUUCUCAGACGAGGCGCUCAAGCAGCACCACGAGACCCUCAAGCCGCUCGAGCUUGCGCAGAAGAAGGCGUACUACGACAUCGGAACAGCCAAGGGUCCCGACGUCUACUUCGAGCCGAAAGUGGUCUGGGAGGUCCUCGCUGCCGACUUGUCGCUUUCGCCCAUCUACUCCGCUGCCAAGGGACUCUGCGGUGACCGUGGCAUCUCUCUCCGCUUCCCUCGCUUCAUCCGCGUCCGCGACGACAAGGACCCCGAGUCUUCGACUGAGCCCGAGCAGAUUGCCGAAGCGUACAGGAGGCAGGGCAUCCACACCGCUGGCGGUGGAAAGAAGGGCAAGGGCGCGGCGGAUGACGGUGACUUCUGGUGA